AGAGAGAGGGGAGGGGGGUUGGUGGAUGUAGCUCUAGCUGUGGGCCGGGGGGUGAGCUACCUAACCCGGGCUGCUCCGCCGAAACAUCCAUGGGUGGCUGUGUCGGGAGCCACCACGACUCUUCAGGCAGCUUAAACGAGAACUCGGACGGCACUGGAGUGGCUCUGGGCCGUAACCAGCCCCUGAAGAGAGAGCGACCUAAAUGGAAAAGUGACUACCCGAUGACAGAGGGCCAGCUGCGCAGCAAAAGAGAUGAGUUCUGGGAUACGGCGCCAGCAUUUGAGGGCCGGAAGGAGAUCUGGGAUGCGCUGCGAGCUGCGGCCAGUGCCUUUGAGAGUAAUGACCACUUACUGGCUCAGGCCAUCCUUGACGGAGCCAGCAUCACACUACCACAUGGAGCUUUGACUGAAUGUUACGAUGAGCUGGGGAACCGUUACCAGUUGCCGGUGUACUGCCUCUCUCCCCCCGUCAACAUGAUCGAAGAGCGCUCAGACGAGCCCGACGGAUCGGAUCCAGAUUCCUUGACGGCAGACCCAUCCACUGGCAGCGCCAGCGACCCCAUUUCAGGGGGCGAAUGCCAGCUUAGACUUCGGCUUUCCACGGGACGCGAUCUGCGCCUGGCGGUCCGCUCCACGGACACCGUGGGCAUGAUGAAGCGUCGUUUGCAAAACCUGGAGGGCGUACCUGCCGCGACCCAGCGCUGGUUUUUCUCAGGUCGGCCGCUGACAGACAGGCUCCGUUUGGACCAGCUCAACAUUUCCAGAGACUAUGUAGUUCAGGUGAUAUUAAGCCAGCGCCCUCCCCCAGAGCCUGUAACACCCCCUGGACACACAGUAGAUCCCUCUGGGCCAGUGGUAGUGGCAGACACUCCGUCUGCUCUGCCUCUAGAGCCCACACCUGUGGAGAACUGAUCAAAGCCAGGCCCUAGUUGUUAAAAAACAAGGAGGAUGAAAAGUGACAAAGCUGAAUUAAAGGCGAUUGUUCUUCUCUUCUCUGCUCUUCAGUUGUUUUCGCUGAGAAGGGCUAUAAAGGUAGAGAAGCAUAAAGACUCUUUAUUAGAGAAAAGACUCCUGUUUUUGGUUUUACAAAUUGAAAUUUUAACCUUUUUGUUUUUCUUGAAGUUUUUUUAAAUGAUCCUAUGGAAACCAAACUACAAAAAACACCUGAGACGGUUAAAGGGUUUGCUGAGCAGCUUAGAGGUCCAAAUGUCCGUAUGUUCAGGUUCUGUUUGCAAAGGCUCUUUAGAUGAACUCUGGUUUUCAGGCUACAGUGUUGGAACCUUUUUCUGAAUGUACAUCUUCAAUUCAGAAAGCUAAGAAAGGAGAAAAUUU